AUGUCUCUUCAUUCCUUAAUCUCUCCCUCUUCUUCUCCUUCAUUUCUCUUCUCACUCUUCUUCUUCAUCCUUUGUUUCUCUCUCUCUGAUGCGGAGCAAAACACGGAAGCUUCUAUCCUCUACUCAUGGCUCCACUCUUCUUCUCCUUCACCUUCCUCUCUUUCUCUCUUCAACUGGAACUCCAUCGACAACACUCCCUGCAACAACUGGACUUUCAUUACAUGCUCUCCUCAAGGUUUCGUCACCGACAUCGACAUUCAGUCUCUUCAAAUCGAGCUCUCCUUGCCCAAGAAUCUCCCGGAACUUCGUUCUCUCAAGAAACUCACCAUCUCCGGCGCUAACCUCACCGGAACUUUACCGGAGAGUCUUGGCGACUGUCUCGGUCUCACACUUCUCGACCUUAGCUCCAACGGUCUAGUUGGUGAGAUUCCUUGGAGCUUAAGCAAGCUUCUUAACCUAGAAACCCUAAUCCUCAACUCCAACCAGCUCACCGGAAAAAUCCCACCGGGAAUCAGCAAGUGUUCAAAACUCAAGAACCUAAUUCUCUUCGACAAUCUUCUCACCGGAAGCAUCCCACCGGAGCUCGGAAAGCUCUCUGCUCUCGAAGUGAUAAGAAUCGGAGGAAACAAAGAAAUCUCCGGGAAAAUCCCACCGGAGAUCGGAGAUUGCUCCAACCUAACAGUUCUUGGUUUAGCCGAGACUAGCGUCUCCGGUAACCUACCUUCCUCUUUAGGCAACCUCAAGAAGCUACAAACACUCUCGAUCUACACCACAAUGAUAAGCGGAGAGAUACCUUCAGAUUUAGGGAAUUGCUCUGAGCUUGUGGAUCUCUUCUUGUACGAGAACAGCUUGUCUGGCUCAAUCCCUCAAGAAUUAGGAAAGCUCAAGAAACUCGAACAGCUGUUUCUAUGGCAGAACAGUCUCGUUGGUGGUGUCCCUGAAGAAAUCGGAAACUGCAGCAACCUCAAAAUGAUUGAUUUGUCACUAAACCUUCUCUCCGGUUCGAUUCCAACCUCCAUCGGUCGUUUGUCUUUGCUUGAAGAGUUUAUGAUCAGCGACAACAAAUUCUCCGGUUCGAUACCAACGACGAUCUCGAACUGCACGAGUCUUGUUCAGUUACAGCUCGACAAGAACCAGAUUUCCGGUCUGAUACCGACAGAGAUCGGAACACUUACUAAGCUUACUCUGUUCUUCGCUUGGUCUAAUCAGCUAGAAGGAAGCAUACCUCCCGGUUUAGCAGAUUGUACCGAUCUCCAAGCGUUGGAUUUGUCUCGUAACUCGCUAACCGGUACAAUCCCUUCCGGUUUGUUUAUGCUAAGGAACCUCACGAAGCUCCUCUUGAUCUCAAACUCUCUCUCUGGCUUUAUACCUCAAGAGAUUGGUAAUUGCAGCUCUUUGGUUAGAUUGAGGCUAGGUUACAACAGGAUAACCGGAGAGAUUCCAUCUGGAAUCGGUUCACUCAAGAAGCUAAACUUUCUUGAUUUGUCAAGCAAUAGGUUACACGGAAAGGUUCCUGAUGAGAUUGGAAGCUGCUCGGAGUUGCAAAUGAUUGAUCUCAGCAACAACUCUCUUGAAGGCUCAUUGCCUAACCCGGUUUCUUCUCUAUCCGGUUUACAGGUUCUUGAUGUUUCGGGUAACAAGUUUUCCGGCAAGAUUCCGGCGAGUUUGGGACGGCUUGUGUCGCUGAACAAACUGAUAAUGAGCAAGAACUUGUUCUCUGGAUCGAUACCGAGCUCUCUAGGUAUGUGUUCAGGGCUUCAGCUUCUUGAUCUCGGAAGCAACGAGCUCUCUGGUGAGAUUCCUUCGGAGCUUGGAGAUAUCGAGAAUCUUGAGAUCGCGUUGAACCUGAGUAGCAAUAGGCUCACAGGGAAGAUUCCUUUGAAGAUAGCUUCUCUCAACAAGCUCUCGAUUCUUGAUCUCUCACACAACAUGCUUGAAGGAGAUCUUGCUCCACUUGCUAAUAUAGAGAACCUUGUCUCUCUUAACAUCUCUUACAACAGCUUCUCCGGCUAUCUUCCUGACAACAAGCUGUUCAGACAGUUGCCUCCUCAAGAUCUCGAAGGCAAUAAAAAGCUCUGUUCCUCUUCAGCUCAAGAUUCUUGCUUUCUCGCAUACGGAAAGGGAAACGGAGUUGCGGAUGGUAAUGUUGCUUCUCGUACAAGGAAGCUCAGGUUAGCACUCGCGCUUUUGAUCACGUUAACGGUUGUUUUGAUGAUUCUUGGCGCGGUUGCGGUGCUCAGAGCGAGGAGGAAUGUGGAGAACGAUAGAGACUCGGAGCUCGGAGAAACGUAUAAAUGGCAGUUCACGCCGUUUCAGAAGCUGAAUUUCUCGGUGGAUCAGAUCAUAAGAUGUUUGGUUGAGCCAAACGUGAUUGGGAAAGGAUGCUCAGGCGUAGUGUACCGAGCUGACGUGGACAACGGCGAGGUUAUAGCCGUGAAGAAGCUUUGGCCAGCGAUGGUUAACGGUGGCAACGAUGAGAAGACCAACAAAAACGUGAGAGAUUCGUUUUCAGCAGAAGUUAAGACACUUGGGACGAUCAGGCACAAGAACAUAGUGCGGUUUCUUGGAUGUUGUUGGAACCGGAACACUAGGCUUUUGAUGUACGACUACAUGCCUAAUGGGAGCUUAGGGAGUUUGCUUCACGAGAGACGAGGCUCUCCUCUUGGUUGGGAUCUUAGAUACAGAAUCUUGCUCGGUGCAGCGCAAGGUUUAGCUUAUUUACACCAUGAUUGCCUCCCACCCAUUGUUCAUCGAGAUAUCAAGGCCAAUAACAUCUUGAUCGGUCUUGAUUUUGAACCGUACAUCGCUGAUUUCGGUUUAGCAAAGCUUGUUGAUGAAGGCGACAUUGGCCGCUGCUCGAAUACCGUGGCUGGAUCUUAUGGUUACAUUGCUCCAGAGUAUGGUUAUAGCAUGAAGAUUACAGAGAAGAGUGAUGUUUAUAGCUACGGUGUGGUGGUUCUUGAAGUGUUAACUGGGAAACAACCUAUAGAUCCGACGGUACCGGAAGGGCUUCAUUUAGUGGAUUGGGUGAGGCAGAACAGAGGAAGCCUAGAAGUUCUUGACUCGAGUUUAAGAUCAAGAACCGAGUCUGAAGGCGAUGAGAUGAUGCAAGUGUUGGGCACUGCUCUUCUGUGUGUGAACUCGUCUCCUGACGAGAGACCAACCAUGAAGGAUGUUGCGGCUAUGCUCAAGGAGAUCAAGCAGGAGCGUGAAGAGUAUGCGAAAGUUGACUUGCUUCUCAAGAAAUCUCCUCCGCCAACAACAACAACAACGCAAGAAGAAGAUCGUAAGAAUGAAGUGAUGGCGGCGACGGCAGCUUCGUCUUCUAAAGAGAUGAGACGAGAGGAGAGAUUAGUGAAGAGUAACAACACGAGUUUCUCUGCUUCUUCUCUGCUUUACUCUUCUUCUUCAUCGAUUGAGUGA